AUGGUGCAGUAUGCGAUCGCGGGGUGCGUCGACCAGUCGGACUACACGGUGUGCGAGCGUCUACUUGAUAUCAUGGCGGCAGCCCUUCCCGACAUCACGGUCGACAAGGAGCCCGUGCGCAGCGACACGUGGCGCACUCGCGUGCUCGAACUGGCCCAGCUCCACGGCUUUACAUCGAUCGGCGACCGGGAUUGGAAAAUUGCCCAAGUCAUGGUCUGGCGCGUCGGUCGGCUCGUUGCGCAUCGUGCCGAAGAGUUUGCGCUGUACGUGGCGGAUACGUACGGACUCGCGCUUGAUCUGGAUCAAGGGCAAGUGGAAGCGUACACGCAGGCGAACACUCGGGCUCUGCUCGGCGUCCAGCCGCCAUCCGGGCCACACGACGUCGCCAUAGCUGAGGAGUUAGCAGAGUAG